GUGGAGAGUUGGUGUCGUCAGAGGGCGCCCAGAGGAGGAAACCUCAGCUGGAAAUAAGGAACAGUGAUUCAGGAUUCUGAUCUACGGGACCGGACCGUCAGACAGAGAUGGGGGGUCACGUGUCCUCGGCCUCAGUGGAGGGGGUCCAUGUGGUGGUGGUGGGCGGUGGGUUCGGAGGAAUCGCUGCCGCUCAGCAGCUGAAGUCUCUGGGACUGAGCUUCACUCUGAUCGACCUGAGAGACGCUUUUCAUCACAACGUGGCAGCGCUGAGGGCGUCAGUGCAGCCAGGCUUCGCUCAGAGGACCUUCAUCCCGUACGCUGAGACGUUUGGAGACAGUUUUGUUCAGGGUCGAGUCGAACGAGUUGACACCGACAGACAGACGGUCGUCCUGCAGGGAGGGAGGGAGAUCCAGUUCUCCCACCUCAUCCUGUGCACCGGGACCGACGGGCCGUUCCCCGGGAAGUUCAACACGAUGGCGUCGUAUCAGACCGCCGUCCAGACGUACGAGGACUUCAUCAAACAGGUCCAGGCUGCAGACUCAGUCUUGGUUGUGGGAGGAGGGUCGACCGGUGUGGAGAUGGCUGCCGAGAUCAAGACGGAGUAUCCAGACAAGAAGGUGGUUCUGGUUCACUCCAGGGUCGGACUGGCCGACACCGAGCUGCUGCCCAGCGUCCGACAGCAGGUCAAGGAGGUCCUGCUGGAGAAGGGGGUGGAGCUGCUGCUGGGACAGAAAGUGUCCAACCUGUCUGAGCUGCAGCUGAACGUCACCCAGAAGAACAUGGAGGUCAGCACCGACAAAGGAGAGACGCUGACCACAGACCUGAUCAUCUGCUGCACCGGACUCAAGGUCAACUCUGCAGCCUACGCCUCCAGCCUCUCCGGCAGUCUGGCCGAGGGCGGAGCUCUGAAGGUGAACCAGCACCUGCAGGUUGACGGUUUCUCCAACAUCUACGCCGUGGGCGACUGCGCCGACGUCAAAGAGCCCAAGAUGGCGUACCACGCCGGGCUGCACGCCGCCGUCGCCGUGAGCAACAUCUGGAACAGUCUGAACGGGAAGGAGCUGACGACCUACCAGACAGGUAACGUCACCAUGUUGCUGGCGAUGGGCCGAGACGACGGCGUCGGGCAGUUUAACGGGUUCAAGCUGCCGCGUUUCCUCGUCGCUCUGGGAAAGAGUCGAGAUCUGCUGCUGUGGAAGAGCUGGAGGGAGAUGAAGCAAACACAACCCUGACACACACACACACUGAUACACACACACACUGAUACACACAACCCUGACACACACACACACACACUGAUACACACAGAGACACUGACACACACACACACACACACACACUGAUACACACAACCCUGACACACACACACACACACUGAUACACACAGAGACACUGACACACACAC